AACACAUGGUCGUCUUUUCAGAUCUUCAUUAGUGGUUGACAGUAGACGAAAUGUUGGCUCUUUUGACAACUGUUGGGUGCUUUCUGAUCAUAUCCGCGCAGGUACAAGAACCGUGUGGCUACGAUGCCCUUCCCCGACCCUCCUACCUUCAAGGGCGUAUUCUGAACGCUCCUAUUGCCGGGGUCUGCGACUGGCCGUGGAUGGUGGCUGUUCGGGAGAACGCCUUCCCAAAUCUUCGCCUGUGUUCGGGGGUUCUCAUUGGGACGGAUAAGGUUAUUACGACAGCUUCCUGCAUUAUGAGAUUGAACAACUCGCCGGCGUCACCUCUACAGGUAAUUGCAGGUGAACAUGACAUCACAGCGGACUACGAGAACCUCAACGGACGCAACAACGACACCAUCGUUCUGGUCAGAAGUGUCGUUACACACCCACAGUUCCUUGGAAAAGACAACGACAUCGCUGUAGUACGGCUGCAGGAGCCAGUGACGUACGGGGACUGCGUGCUGCCCGCCUGUCUCCCCACAUCCCGGGCCCCCCGGGGACUGUGGUCAGCAGCUGGUGGAGAAGUGUGCAUACGCCGGCUGGGGGUUAUAUACUGACCGUAACUUCUUACGUUCUGCCAAGCUACGAGCAGCAUGGGGGAAGUACUACUACCAGGAACUGUGUUCCACCAUCUUCCGGCUGGGUCGCAACAACCUUAACCCUGCCAACACCGUCUGUGUAGACCCCACAAACAAGGACCAGAGACCAUGUCAGGGUGAUGAGGGUGGAAUGGUGGCUUGUGCUGAAAGAGGAAGGUGGAUUCUGGAGUCCCUUAUCAACGUGCCCAGCUGUCAAGACACGUAUCCCACUUUAGGCGUCGAUCUGCGCGCUCCCACCAUCAUCAACUUCAUAAACUCAAACUGAAACAUUGCCCUAUACAAGAGGAACCAUCUGCUAAUCAGCGCCGAAGCUGCACCUUAAAUAUGUAUAUACUUGGUCAUGUAAUAAAUAUGUCGAUGGAAA